CAUUUUAAUCCAAACACCACUGCUACUUCCUGGGCACGGCCGAUCAGCGCAUUAUACUGCGACACGAGACUUUUGGACGGCCGCCACUAAAAAAAUAUUACGCAUUCACCUCAUUGAUGCACUCCCCGACCCGCCAUCCAUGACGACUCUUGUACGGACUCGUCAACCGCUACAAGUCCUGAGCAUGAGCAACCAGCCCGAGCGCCGGUACAGCAAACGCCUCGCCGCCACAUCGGUGUACGACGAGCAGGAUGGCGACUUCCUCUUUACGCGCGGGUCCAAACGGGUGAAGACGGCGACCGAUGAUGAAGCAACCCCCGAGCAGCAGAAGCCGCUGGCGCCUCCAAAGAGAACCGCGGGCCGACCCCCCAAGGCGGGAACAAAAAGACGCGCGUCACCACCGCCGCAACCGCCUGCACCUCCUCCGGCUGCAGCCUCUGCGCACUCUCAGAACGCCGCGCCAUUACCGAGGAGGACAGGGAGGAGGCGGACGUCGAGCUUGGCUGGUCCUGCCCCACCACCGGCGCCGGCGCAAGACGAGGAGCUCGUCGUCCCAAAGAACAGAGGACGGCGGAAGGCGCGCGACUCGGCAGACACGCGAACCUCCGCGCGCGGCGAGCCCAAGCCGAAACCAGCCAACGGCGGAGUAAGCGCCAGGGGGAGAGGCGAUAGGCGGCCGGACGACGAAGAUCACGACGACGACGACGACGAUGGUAGCGAUGGAAGGCCUGAUCUUGUCGCGAGAAGGACAACGCCAAAGAAUGUGGAUCGGAGAAGAGAGGGAACAGCGGCAGCGGCAGCGGCAGCAGAAGAGGCGAUUGACCCAGACCAAGCAAGCUUCGAGUCGCGGCAGAUUGCGUUACCCUUUAGCGACACUCCUAUCAUCAAUCGAAAUAAGGAGCUGAGGAAGAAGGGCGGGGCGAGUGGCGGCCGACGCAGCAGUCUGGGGAUGCGAGGCCGGAGGGCGAGCUCGCUGAUCGACAACGGGCACAGCGCCCUACCGCACCGCGAGGUCGACCCGGCAGAGUUCUACAAGCAUAUCGAGGCCGACGGCCCUAGUGAGCCACGGCGGAUGAAGCAGCUCCUGAUUUGGUGUGGAGAGCGGGCUCUUAGUGAGAAACCGCCGCACGGGAGUCACGGGUCGAGCGCAGUUCUCGGAGCACGUGCAAUACAAGACCAAUUACUAAAAGACUUUGGGGCGCGCUCCGAGUUCUCGGACUGGUUCUCCAGAGAGGAUGCGCCCAGGCCGCCCGUGGUGCUGAAACCCAACCCGCGGAAUAUCGAGCACGAUGUCAGGGUGGCAGAAUACGAGGCCAAGAUCGCAAGAUUAAAAGAGGAAAAGAAGGCAUGGCAAGCCCUGGCGAAGCCCCUGCCCGAGGUGGAACCACUGUAUCCGGAAGUCGGAGGCGACAGCAGCAGCAGUGGAAAGACAGCGCCCGACGAGGCGCUGCUGGACGCGGACGACGCCAAGAUCCUGGCGUCGCUCACGGCGCCCGACGCGGCGUUUGCGUCCUUCCGCCGGCAGACGCGCGCGCGCCUCCAGAACCUCCAGUCGGCGCUCGAGUUUGCCGUCGACCACCUCGCCGACGGCGUGCACAAGCUCGACCAGCGCGUGGCCACGGCCGGCCGCGAGGCCGACACGGUCCUCGCCGCCAGCGCCGCCCGCCUCAGGCAGCGCGACGACAGGGAGAAGCGCGCCCUCGGCACAAGAGACCUGCCCACCAUGGAGGUCCUGCGGAGUCUGGGCAGGAUACUGCCCGAGGGCGGGUGAUGGAUGACGAGGGGGGAUUAAACUUUGCCUUGUUUUCUUUUAACCUUGUCUCUCUCUCCUUUUUCCGGCUACGACAUAAUGACAUGCGGGAAAUGAUGUUUUCUGUUUUCUCUUUUCACUUUUGCUUUUCUUGUUUGCCAUACUGUUGGGAGCAGCGGAGAGGGGGAGUGAAAAGGAAAGAGAGGA